CCGCAAACCCAGCUGUGAGGGGUUCCGAGGCCCGGGCAUGGAGCUGCCGGACCCGGUCCGCCAGCGGCUGGGAAACUUCAGCCGGACCGUGUUCAGCGACUCCAACCGGACCGGGCCGGAGUACAGCGAGGGUCCGGCUAGCAAAACAAGUAUGUUCCACCGCAAGUCCGUUUUCUGGCAGAAGAGAUGGAAAGAAGUUUUUUCAAUGAGUCAUUUUGAACCGCUAUCCACUCCAGAGUGGCAGCUGCCACACUAGCAUCGCCUUCGACAAAACUCGCCCUCUUCCCUGCUUUCUCCUUCCCCUUCCCUGUAUGUAACUCUUUCCCUACGUCUGGUAACAAAAUACAGCAACGCUACAUUCAGCAUGACGACAGGUGAUAACGCAGUCACCUUCACCUCCUCGUAAAUCGUGAUGAUGGGCAACAUAGCGUCAACCACUCCCAUGCGGUUUUAUCACUGAAUUCUGCUGGGAAAUAGAAAUCUUUUCUUCUUGCCUGGUUUAGGGAUUUUUAAAAGAGGGCAGAGAAAAGUAAAGUAAAUUCCCACAGUUGCGUUUUUUCACCCUGAUUACUUGCCUGUCCCCCACAUGUAGCCCUCUUCAUGAUUUAGGAUGUACAGAGAAAAAGAUAAUGAAGUGGUUUCCAGUUUGGCAUUGCAGAUGUCACUUUAUUUUAACACUUACUUUUUCCCACUUUGGUGGGUGAGCAGUAUUAUGAUGCUUCAGAUGAAGUAUUCAAUCUUGCCUGAUUACUACAAAUUCAUUGUGGUCACUGUUAUCAUCCUAAUAACCUUGAUUGAAGCUAUCCGGUUGUAUCUGGGCUACAUGGGGAACCUGCAGGAGAAGGUUCCUGAGUUGGCUGGCUUUUGGCUUUUGAGCCUUCUAUUGCAGUUGCCUUUAAUUCUUUUCUUGCUCUUUAAUGAAGGCCUAAUGAAUCUGCCCUUGGAAAAAGCGAUACACAUCAUCUUCAGUAUGUUCCUUACUUUCCAAGUUGUUUCAGCAUUUCUUACCCUGAGAAAAAUGGUAAAUCAGCUGGCAACUCGUUUCCACCUUCAAGACUUUGACCGGCUCUCUACAAAUAGAGGAGGCAUGAGAAGAAUGAGAUCCUGUAUAGAAGAGAUUUGACCCAGUGCUGUUGAGUGAAAAUCUGAAAGAUCAUUCUAGAAGACUAUAAGAGUUAGGAAAAUGUCAGAGAUCUAGCAUGAGAAAAAGGACAAAGCAAGUGUUGUGUUUUUUUCGCUGAGGAAGAUUUGCCCUAGGCUAACAUCUGUUGCCAACCUUCCUCUUUUUUUUUUCUUUUUUUUUUUUUAGGUUGAGGAAGACCAGCCCUCAGC